AUGUCGCACAAAGUGAGAGACUAAGAAGAAUCUAACAGAUAAACAAUAUAUCUUAAUGAUCGUACAUAAAAUCAAUUGAUUCAUAGAAAGUUUUACAAUCAUAUAAAGACAUCAAAAUACACAUGGUGGAACUUUGUUCCAAAGGCGUUGAUUUUGCAAUUUAUGAGAGCAGCUAAUUUUUAUUUCUUAAUUUCUACUGUUGUCCAAUGUAUAGAUAUCAUUUCCCCUUUAGCGCCUUUUUCCGCGGUUGGCCCACUCAUAUUAGUGCUUGCCGUAUCUUUAUCAAGAGAAGCAAUUGAAGAUUAUAAAAGACACCGCAAUGACGAUCUUGUCAACGAAUAGAAAUCAUUUAUUUUUAAUAACAAAAACUUUACAAGCAUUAUGUGGAAGGAUAUUUAGCUUGGCGAUAUUAUAAAAGUUAACUAAGAGCAGAUAUUGCCAGCAGAUAUUUUGGUUAUUACAACAAAUGAAGAAAACGGCACAGGUUUUGUCGAAACUGCUAACUUGGAUGGUGAGAGAAACCUAAAAAGCAAAAUAUCUCAUGAGAUUGUAAACAAGUACGGUAGAGAACAUUCUCUCAUUAAAUUCAAGGGAAAAAUUGUUUGUGAUAAACCUAACAACAGAAUCCAUAGUUUCAAAGGUUUGCUCUAUUUGGACGACGAAUCGAAACCAAUAGUACUCAACAAUAAUAAUGUCAUGCUCAGAGGCACAACUUUAAAGAAUACUGAAUGGGUGAUAGGAGUGGUAAUUUAUUCAGGUCAAGACACGAAAAUAAUGAGGAACUAAGGGCAAGUGAAGCACAAAUCUACUCAUAUAGAAAAGAAAGUGAAUCCUAUAAUUUUUAUAACAUUGUUAGUUCAAUUAGCUCUAUGCAUUAUUAUGGCUAUUCUUCUAUCUAUUUUUUAGAAAAACACAAAUCCUUUGGAAAAUAAUAAAUAUAACUACGCUUAUCUUUAUGGAAACAGUAGCGAUGGUCUUUAUAGCUAUGAAGUUUAGGGAACAAUCAAUUUUUUUUCAUACUUUUUACUAUUAAAUUCACUUAUUCCUAUUUCUUUGAUUAUUUCUAUGGAAGUUGUCAAACUAUUUUAAUCAUCUUUCAUGGAGUAUGAUGCUGAAAUGCACUAUUUAGACGAUGGAUAAGUUCAAAAAAUGAAGGUGCUCAAUACUAUGAUUCAUGAAGAGUUAGGAAAAAUUGAUUACAUCUUUACAGAUAAAACAGGAACAUUGACUUGCAACAUUAUGAUUUUCAGACAUGCAAAUAUCGCUGGUUCUGACUACUCUGAAAAAGAACUUGAAGACAUCUUAGCAAAAUUAGAGUAUCAAACUCUCACUUACGAUGAAGAAUACAAAGAUUUUUAUCAAUUUUGGAUGUGCAUUGCUAUUUGUCACGACGUUAUCCUUGAGGAAAAACAAAACGAAAUUAAUUAUUAAGGUUCAUCACCAGAUGAAGUAUGUCUCGUAGAAAAAGCUCAAAAAUAUAAUUUCAAAUUUCUCAAAAGAACAACAAAUUAAAUAUUUAUACAAGUGGGAUCAGAAAUGCAUACAUUUAAGCUUCUCAAUAAAAUAGAAUUCACAAGUGAGCGUAAAAGAAUGAGUGUCAUUAUUUAGGAUCCAAUAACAGGAAAAAUAUAUAUGUACACUAAGGGAGCUGAUUCGUUCAUGCUCAAACAUAUUUCGAAUACAAGUGAAGCACUUAAAAGUAAUAUAAAGCAAAGCCUCAAAUACUAUUCAAAGCACGGGUUAAGAACUCUCUGCUUGGGUAUGAAAGAGUUAAAUCAAUAAGAAUAUGAUGCAUGGAAUUCGCAAAUACAGGAUUUAAAUAUGAACAUGAUUGGAGACUUGUUCCCUGAAAAAACUAAAGAUAAAAUUGCUGAUCUUGAAAAUGAGAUAGAAACAGGCUUUGAUCUUUUGGGAGUUACUGCACUUGAAGAUAAAUUGCAAGAAGGAGUUCCUGAAGUUUUAAAGGAUUUCCAUGAAGCUGGAAUCAAUGUUUGGAUGCUCACAGGUGACAAACUUGAAACAGCAGAAAAUAUUGGUUAUCUUUGCAACUUGCUGAACAAUCAAACUAAAGUGUUCAGAGUUCAAUCUCACUAUCCAGACGUUACGAGAGACAAGUUCUUUAGAAUAAAGGGAAGAAUCAACCAAAUAAAAACUGUCAGCGAAAUAGGAGAAAUAAGAAUAAAAAACAACUAAAAUAACCACCAUGAUUUCAAAAACAAAAAAGUUGGACAUUAAAACCAGAAUAUAAACAGAAUAAUAAACGAUGGAGGUUCCUAAUCGAGACGAGAUUCCUAUCUAACUAAAGAAGAAAAUAAUUCAUUUGAAAUAAACUAAGUGAAAGGCUACACAGGAUUUGCCUUGGUAAUAGAAGGAGAAGCAAUCGGUCAUGCCUUACAUGAUGAUUAAUGUAGAAAAGAGUUCUUGCAAAUCAUUCCAGAAUGCUGCACUGUUAUAUGCUGCAGAUCAACUCCAACAUAAAAAGCAGAAAUGGUCAAAUUCGUUAAAACUCAUUUUAAUAAAACUUGUCUAGCUGUCGGAGAUGGAGGUAAUGACGUAACCAUGAUCUAAGAAGCAGAUAUCGGAGUUGGUAUUAUUGGUAAGGAAGGAAAUCAAGCAGCUUUAAGCAGCGAUUAUUACUUUGGGUAGUUUAGGUUUUUGUGGAGACUUUUGUUUGUUCAUGGGAGAUGGAAUUUAUACAGAACAUCUUACUUUGUUAACUAUUUCUUCCUUAAAAAUUUUAUUUUCACACUUCAAUAGUUCUACUUUGGGUUCUUUUGUGCUUAUUCAGGGUAGUCUUUUUGGGAAGACGGUUAUUUACUCAAUUUCAACUCUAUUAUUACUGCUUGUGCUCCAGUUUAUUUUGCAGGGUUUGAGUAAGAUGUCAAUCCUCAUGGAUCUGAGUACAUCGCUAAGUAUUUGCCUCGUCUCUACAAAAUAUUUAGAGAAAAAGAUCUUUUUUCUUUUAAGGUCUUCGGAAUAGUUUUCUUAUAAGGUGUUGGCCUUUCUCUUACAACUUAUUUUUCUGUAUUUUUUAUCAACUAUUAGGAUUACUAUUAGAUGAGCGGAGAUGGUAAAAUCGAUGGUUUGUGGUUUUAAAGCUUUUCUUCUUACUGCAGCACAGUUGGAGUGGUUUGGGCUAUCAAUUUUAUGGACACAACAUAUUUUUCACCAUUUACUUUCUUUUCUUACGUGAUUGUUAGUUUGUUCUUAUUCUUCCCUGCUUUCGCUUUUACUUAUGACAUUUUUGCUGGUCCCUUGCAAGAAAUGUUACUUAUAAACAUUGGAAAUUGGAAAUUCUGGUUGACUUUGUUCUUAAAUGUUGCUUUUAUCUGUAUUAUUAAAUACACAUAUAAAGUUUACAGAUACAUAUUUGCUCCAGAAUUAGUUCAUGAUUUGCAAUAUCACAGAAAGAAGUUAAACGAAGCUGAGAAGUAAGUUAAAAAUCAAUAAACUGAUCCUAAUAUUAAUAAUAGCAAUAAUGCUAAAAAUAACAACAACAAUAAUAAUGCCUACACUACUCCUGAAAAUGGUUUACAAAUCGAAAUUGCAGAUAAUAUCCAAUAAAAUGAAAUUGCACUCUAAAAUCCAUCUAAAAAAUCUGUAGAAUUAGAACAUAAAUAAGAAAAGGCUUCAAAGAGGACUGCGUCUUUAUAAAAUGUGGAACACUAACAAAAUUUAAAUGUCGAAUUUACUGAUUUAAAACUUUAAAUGAAUCAUGAUCUAGAUAAAGGCAGUGGAAGAAAAUUAAAUAAACCUCAAAGCUAAAAUUUCAUCACUAUUUAAAAUAAUGAUUAGAGCGUGCUUCAUAGCGAACAAAGUAACAUGGUGAAUUUUAAUAAUAAAUAGGUCACCUAUAAAAAUAUCAAUCACAAUAAUGAGAGCACAAGAAGUCUAAUUAAAAAUCACUACAAUAACAACAUUCUAGCUGUAAAUAAUGCUUAUUAAAAUAAUAACAUAAUCUCUAAUAUGCAUACAGCCAAUUAGCUUAGUAAUAAUAAUUUAAUUAAUAAUCACAGUGACAACAUUUUAGUUAAAAAUUUAAGCGAAUCUUCUUAAAACUAAUCAAAUAAAGCUCAAGAAAACGAUCAUCCUUUGACUGUGUUCUAGAAAAAUAAGCAAUUUUACAUUAUUAAAAAUGAGAUUUCUGAUCAUCCUCAAAUACAUGCCAAUAACCAACUUAAUUUUAUGGAAAAUAACGAUGAAGACGAAGAAAGAGCCUUUAGUUAAAAUAGCUAGGCCGCAAGUGAUAAUAAGAAAAAAGGCAGUCCAUCUAGCGAUUAAAAUGAUAAAGCGAAGUAGACUAGUGUCAAUGCGUUUGUGCAAGAAAACGAAGAUUUUAAUGACGAUGAAAUGAAUGAAUACAGCAACAGCAUCAAUAAAAUAAACAAACUCCCAAAAGAGUAAAAUAAAAAAAUCAGUGUUUAUGAAAAAGAGUCUCAACUCCAAUCCAAAAUCCACACGAAUAAAGGAGUAUUUGGAGAAGAACCUGACAGACCUUCCCAUCUAGGCGACAGCAAAAAAAUAUACAUUGGAAAUGACUAAUUUGAAAGUGUAGCAGAAACUGUCCCCAAAACAAAUGUCCUAAUAAACAAUGAAAACGAAACAUCUCAAUAACUUAAAGAGUUGAAUACAUUCAAUAUCAACUACCAAAAUACUAAAGUUAAUAUCAUUUAAUCUGAGAAAAACUCAGAACUUCCCCCCGCAACCCGCUACGAAGGAGUUAAAAUACCUCAAGCUGACUCUGACAACGAAAUCGAAUAUCAAACCGAUAACCUCGAUAUGUAAAAAAUGGAAGAAAUACAAAAAUAUAUGUCUAAGAGCAAGUUCUCUUAGCUUCCAUAAUAAUAAGAAGAUAAACACUAAGACUGA